GGCGGCCGCCGGGAGGGACCGGGGGUGGCUCGCAGUACUACAGAGCUCGGAAGCGGCCGCGGCUGGGUAUGGCGGCCGAGGUCUCCGGUCCGGAGGUGGGUGGUGAGGGGCAGGAGCCUUUGCUGAGUGCCGGAGAGGCGGCGGCGGCGGAGGAGGAGGAGGAGAAGGAGGAGAGCAGGGAUGUUGUGGAAACACAAGAGCAUUAUAAGAGCAGGUGGCGAUCCAUCUGGAUUAUGUAUCUUACCAUGUUUCUCAGUAGUGUAGGUUUCUCAAUUGUAAUUAUGUCUGUGUGGCCAUAUCUCCAAAAGAUUGAUCCGACAGCAGAUGCGAGUUUCUUGGGCUGGAUUAUAGCUUCUUAUAGCAUUGGCCAAAUGGUUGCCUCUCCCCUGUUUGGCUUGUGGUCCAAUUACAGGCCAAGGAGAGAACCUCUCGUUAUUUCAACUGCUAUUUCAGUAGCUGCUAAUUGUCUUUAUGCCUACGUUCAUGUACCUCAUUCACACAACAAAUACUACAUGCUGACUGCACGUGCUCUUGUGGGAUUUGGAGCAGGAAACGUGGCUGUAGUUCGAUCGUAUAUUGCGGGUGCCACUUCUCUUACGGAAAGAACAAGUGCCAUGGCCAAUACCAGUGCCUGCCAAGCAGUUGGCUUCAUAUUAGGACCAGUUUUUCAGACAUGUUUUACACUUAUUGGAGAAGAAGGAAUAACAUGGAAACUAAUUCGUCUUCAGUUGAACAUGUAUACGGCACCAGUUUUAUUUGGAGCUCUCUUAGGAGUUAUUAAUAUUAUUCUCAUCUUUGCCAUACUCAGAGAGCAUCGAGUGGAUGACCUGGGUCGGCAAUGCAAAAGUAUCAAUUUUGAAGGAGAAGAAAGUGGUGUUCUGGAUCAGGAUGCAGAAGGAAACGUUGACCAUGUUGCUGUGGUAGCAAUCAAUUUUCUUUUCUUUGUCAUCUUGUUUGUGUUUGCUGUCUUUGAAACUAUAGCUACUCCAUUGACGAUGGAUAUGUAUUCCUGGACCAGGAAAGAAGCUGUUUUUUAUAAUGGAAUAAUCCUUAGUGUGGUCGGCAUUGAAUCGGUUAUUGUUUUCAUGGUGGUUAAAACACUAUCUAAAAAGACUGGUGAGCGUGCUAUACUCCAUGGAGGCUUACUGAUUGUCUUGGUUGGAUUCUUUAUCUUACUGCCUUGGGGGAAAAAACUACCAAAUAUCCAGUGGCAAGAAAUAAAGAAUAACUCCAUUCCCAGAACAACUUCCAUUGAAAUGUUAAUGCCUUUCUGGAGUUUGCAAGCAAUGCAGCUUCCAUCCAACCACACAGUGGAACCCGUAGGCUGCCCUGUCACACAGUCCUGGUGCCUGAAUACUCCGAUGAUCUAUCUGGCCCAGUACAUCAGCUCUGACAUACUAAUAGGAUUGGGCUAUCCAGUUUGUAAUGUCAUGUCCUACACUUUAUACUCAAAAAUUCUAGGACCAAAGCCUCAGGGUGUCUACAUGGGAUGGUUAACCGCCUCUGGAAGUGGAGCACGGAUACUUGGGCCUGUUUUUGUGAGCCAAGUAUACACUCACCUGGGACCACGCUGGGCAUUUAGCUUAAUCUGUGGAGUAGUUGUAGUCUCUCUCUUACUCUUGGAGAUAGUAUACAAGAGACUAAUUGCAUUUUCUGUCAGAUAUGGAAGGAUGCAAGAAGAGAGUUGUUAAAUACGCGUUUGUUUUU